UUUUCACAGAUGUGGAUGAAUGUGCCCUGGGGCUUGAUGACUGCCACCCAGAUGCUAUUUGUCAAAACACCCCGAAGCUGUACAAGUGCAUGUGCAAAGUGGGUUACACUGGUGAAGGGAAGAAAUGUGAAGACAUUGAUGAAUGUGAUAAUGACUUCAAUGGAGGCUGUGUCCACGAGUGUUUCAAUAUUCCAGGAAAUUACCGCUGUACUUGCUAUGAUGGCUUUAUGUUGGCUCACGAUGGCCACAACUGCCUGGAUACAGAUGAAUGCAUGUUCAACAAUGGUGGUUGCCAACAUGUUUGUGUCAACACUGUGGGGAGCUAUGAAUGUCGCUGUAAGGAAGGAUUCUUUCUAAGUGAUAACCAGCAUACGUGCAUCCACCGCUCAGAAGAAGGCAUGAGCUGCAUGAAUAAAGAUCAUGGCUGUGCCCACAUCUGCAGAGAAACACCCAAAGGAGGAGUUGCCUGUGAAUGCCGACCGGGAUUUGAACUGUCCAAGAACCAGAGGAGCUGCAUUUUAACAUGUAAUCAUGGAAAUGGUGGCUGUCAACAUACAUGUGAUGAUGCUGACAAUGGGCCUAUUUGUGGAUGUCACCCCAAGUAUAUCAUGCAUGUGGAUGGGAAAACCUGCCUGGAGAGGGAGGAGGCUGCUGCUGAAAUUUCUGAGGGAAACACUACAGCAGGAGCUGACGUGGACAAGAGGGUGAAGCGACGGUUGCUUAUGGAAACAUGCGCAGUAAAUAACGGCGGCUGUGAUCGUACGUGUAAAGAUACAUCGACUGGAGUUCACUGCAGCUGUCCUGUUGGAUUCACACUCCAGUUUGAUGGGAAGACAUGUAAAGAUAUUGAUGAAUGCCAGUCCAAUAAUGGAGGCUGUGAUCAUUUCUGUAAAAACACUGUUGGCAGUUUUGAUUGCAGCUGCAGAAAAGGAUUUAAAUUAUUAACAGAUGAGAAGUCCUGUCAAGACAUUGACGAAUGCUCUUUUGAACGGAUGUGUGACCACACGUGCAUCAAUCAUCCAGGCACCUUUGAGUGUACUUGUAACAAAGGAUACGCUCUCUAUGGCUUCACACAUUGUGGAGAUAUUAAUGAAUGUAGCAUCAACAAUGGUGGUUGCCAACAGCUGUGUGUGAACACGCUGGGAGAGUAUGAAUGCCUGUGUCACUCUAACUACAAAUUACACUGGAAUAAAAAGGAUUGUGUUGAAACAAAGGGUCCCUUGCCUGAUAACAUGUCACCCAAGGUAUUGCUGCACUGCAUUAAGAGUGCUGAGAGCGAUAGAUGCUUCUUAAGCUGUUCUUCAGAUGCCCAGAUAUUUUCUGGAACACAAGAUGCCUACACCCUCACCUGUGGCAGGUCAUCUCAGCUUAAGAAAAAGCAGCAAAAUACAAAUGCAUCCAGCUGGCUGGAUACUUCAGCCAUCAAGAUAAGCGUAACCUUUAAAUUAAAUGAAGGAAAAUGUAGUUUGAAAAAGACUGAGACGUUUCAAGAAGGUCUGGAACAGAUGAUACCAGAGAGACAUAAUUCAGUAAUGGAGAGCUUCCACUAUGUAAACCUAACAUGCAUCUCUGGCAAGAAAGUUCAUGGAGCCCUCAGUAGGCUGACAGCGACUAGAGAAAUUUUUAUCACUGCGGACUUUGAGCUUGAAACAAACCGAAAGGAGGUGACAGACACAUGUGAUGUGCGCUGUGCUCGGAAAAAGACUGAAAAGAGGUUCCGUAAAACCAUUCGAACCUUACGGAAGACAGUCAGCAGGGACCAGUUCCGCAUUCGUGUCUCUGGCAUCGACCACGAAGUGGCCAGAAAGUCUCUUAAGCUAUCAGAGCCACAGCAGUCUUGUGCUGUAGGGCAGAUGCAUAUGGGUAGUAGAUGUGAUCAGUGCUUACCAGGUGAAUAUUCUCCUGAUGGCUUCAAACCCUGUCUGCCAUGUCCCCUUGGAACAUACCAGCCUGAAGCUGGGAGAGUCUCCUGCUUUCCCUGUGGAGGUGGUCUAACAACAAGACAUAGCAAUGCAUUCUUGUUUCAGGACUGUGAGACCAAAGUUCAGUGUUCACCUGGCCAUUUUUAUAAUACCACAACUCAUCGGUGUAUUCGCUGCACAGUUGGGACAUACCAGCCUGAGUUUGGACAAAAUUACUGCAUUUUGUGCCCUGGAAACACCACUACUGAUUUUGAUGGGUCAACAAAUAUAACACAGUGCAAAAAUAAGCAAUGUGGAGGUGAACUGGGAGAUUACACUGGAUAUAUUGAAUCACCAAACUAUCCUGGGGACUAUCCUGCAAACACUGAGUGCACUUGGAAUAUUAACCCACCGCCAAAGCGCCGUAUUCUAAUUGUGGUUCCAGAAAUAUUUUUACCAAUAGAAGAUGAGUGUGGAGACUACCUGGUGAUGAGAAAAAGCUCUUCUUCCAACUCAGUGACCACGUAUGAAACCUGUCAAACCUAUGAACGCCCUAUAGCUUUCACCUCUAGGUCUAAGAAGUUGUGGAUCCAGUUCAAGUCGAAUGAAGGGAAUAGUGCCAAAGGAUUCCAAAUUCCUUAUGUAACGUAUGACGAGGAUUACCAAGAACUAAUAGAAGACAUUGUUCGGGAUGGUAGACUUUAUGCAUCUGAAAAUCAUCAAGAAAUACUUAAGGACAAGAAACUGAUAAAAGCAUUGUUUGACGUGUUGGCACAUCCGCAGAACUACUUCAAGUACACAGCCCAAGAAUCAAGAGAGAUGUUCCCAAGAUCCUUCAUUAGGCUGCUGCGCUCUAAAGUUUCCAGAUUUUUGAGGCCUUACAAAUAGUUGGCACUGUACUUAAAAAAAACUAACCAGCCCUAGGCAUGCACAGAGGGGUUGUGGUAGGUGGGGCUGUUUUCUGUGUUUUACACACUGGCAGAGAAAAUCCAGGGAAGCUUGCCAGCUCUGUUCUUGGCAGUGUUUGGCUUUCUCAGCUAAUAUAAAUAUUUUGGUGAACAGAAUUUUGAUUCCUUUCCAGAUAAUGCCUUUUGGAUACCAAGGAUACUUCAUGGGUCUCUGAAUUACACACUGCCCAUAAUUUCUGUAACUGAAUGGUGCCAAGCAGAAGUUUGUAGAGCUCUGCCCUGUUGCUUCAUCAAGUAACUCUAAAAGCUAAUAAGGACAGGCAGGCUAAGUAGUGUGGUUUGGGAUGAAUUCUGGGCUGCUAUUAAUGCAUGUUACCUCAACAAAGCUGGGUUCAUGUUUGGUCUUGCUGAAAGUGAGAACGAGAUUGAUGUGUCUCUUAACUUUUGCUAUGCAGGAAAUUCAGAGCUAAGAUUGAAAUAGUUUUAAUUGAAACCAAUGAGUCUGAGAAUUGCACAAGGUGUAACUUUUCUCUGAACUAUAUGUUGUAUGAGGCAUCAUACGGAGGAAUAAGCAAAGGGUUGAAUAUUAGCUUGAAUGCUCUGGGUCUGGAUCACACUGUGUUCAUACUAAUGAUGUAUUGGUUUACAUGCACUGAUACCAGAAUAAAACCAGGGCACCACAGUAAUGGAAAACAGACCCUGACCCACAGGACGCUUCCAUUUUGGGCUGGCUGCAAAUGUUACAACAGAUUCCUUGCUAAAUCCCAGUGCUCUCCCUGUCCAUGUGCCUGGGACAGCAUGAGGCAUUGACUCUUCAAAAUAGUAUAAAAUUCUGUCCUCUGAGCACCUGCAGUUGAACACACAAGCCCCAUUUUAAAUGCAGGCUUUGCAUAAUUAUGCUCUUGUACAUCACUUUUUAAACAUCUAUACGGUUCUUACAUUAGCCUCAAUCCUUAUAUUCCUUAUCUUGUCUGAGCACCUUGCAAUGACCUUGCUGAGCAGAGAAGGGAUGCUUUCCCUGUCUUGCUGGAGAGAAAUAGAUGUACAACCAGAUUGUGGCCGCAGAAGUCAUCUACGGCAAAAUGAUGUUCAAGAUUCCCAGACUCUGUUCUUUUCCUCAGGUUGUGUUUCUUAUGUGAGAGAAGGCUAGUCUGAAAGGGCCUGUAGGGAGAACCGUGUUGACCAAAAUGUUGGCUUAGUAAUUUUCUGUCCAUACUCUACAUUACAUCACUGUCCUCUGGCCAUGAAAACCAUUUCCUCAGUGUAACGUACCUUCUGUCUUGAAGGAAGAUGGCCACAGUCCCACUCAUUUGUGGAUGGACUUACGACCUCUAUAUUUUGGUCACUGGCAGUGCUGAGUGGUGCAGUGGGCGCCAAACUUCCUCUGUGUGCCCCCUUAGGAAAGGUACCAAAAUUUCACAGUGUAGCCAGGAAAAAUGCUUCCUUUCCUAGGGUCUGAAGUCAGAUCUCCUUGGGUUUCAUUGCGUUGGUAUGUGGUAUUUAACUGUAGUAUGUGAAUACCACAGUCACAGUGUGACAGAUGAAACCCUCAUCAAGAGCCAGGGUCUGAAUCACUUCCCUACACUGUUAGGAGCAAAUUAAUAUUAUCAAAUGCAGCCUUGCUGAACUGUCAUGCUACAGCAGACCUGUUCUGUGGCAUGUGAGGCAGUGCAGCCCGUCAUGUGGUAAGGACACAUCUUGGAAGGGGCAGUGGUCUCAGGCCACAGCUGGGAGCAGAGCCUCUCAGGAUGGGGUGAUGUGAUGCUGUGUUCCUCUUGCUACUGCCCUGAAAGAAUUGCCGUGGUCUGGGCAGAGGAGGGGAAUGGCUUGUGUUGCUGCCAAGAGAGAGAACUGUGCCCUAGCUGGCUGCACUGGGGCUCUGGCUCCAGCUUGAGAGCUGCUUGUGGGUUUCUGUGGCAGGGUGGUGAGCACCCAUUCCAGGAACAGUGCUGCCAGGCCCGUGACAAAGGGGAGCAAACAGGCUUGGUGCGGAGGAGGGAGGCAGGGGGUAAAUUAGCAGAACAGAGGGGAAGGAGCCCAGGUCCUUGUGUGUUCCUGGCUGCUGUGCUUCAUCCUGAACAGGGUCUGUGCUGCCUUUGUGGGUAGGAAGGAUGGGUUAUCUGGAAGAAAGUAUGAGGCAGUGUGAUUGGAGAGAGGAAUGGCUAAGGGAUGCCAAAACAAGAGGAAAGAUGGUGAGAAAGGCUUGCUACUUCUGUGAAGUGUACUGUUGUGGUGAGAUGCCAGGAAGGUAUUUCAAGAUAGUUUCCCUCUGGCUGCACAGCCCCCGCCUCUCUACUCUUUGUGGCUUCCCAUGCCAGAUGCAUUGUGUCAGUGAGUUGCAAUGACCCACCAACCAUCUCUAUGUGACAGUGGAGCACUUUGAAAUGGGUGAGAUGCUGCAGUUCUGCUCUGAGCGCAUGGGUGAGUUAGAGGCCUGUUGGUGGGGCACUGAGGAGAGGACUCUGGUGUGUCAGCUUCUGGCCCAAGCCCAGCAGAGUGGCUUUGCUGUGGGCUGUGUGAUCUCUGCUAAGGGAAGCGAGCCAGGUCUUGCUGUAUUCCCUCCCAAGAAGGCUACAGAUCUGAACAUUUCUGGUUUGUGUUGCUGAGUGACACACAAAUCGGCGUCAUUGGUUUCAACAAGGGUUCAGGGAAACAAAAGUUGUGAAACAUGCAAAUAUUUUUAAUUGGUGAAAUUGGGCUUUCUUGCUCUGUGCAUGAGUUACUGACUUGAGCUCUGGGUUUGUUGCACUGCACCUCGUCUUGUAGGCAUGCUGAUCUAGCUCUGCACAGCUGCCCUGGGACCAGCAUCUCGCCUUCGGUCUGUACGGUGGAUUUCAGCUUUGCUUCUCUGUUGCCCCCGUGUGCAUAGGCCAUUUUCAUUGUUGUCUGUGGAAGGAGAGGAGCCUAUCAGUGUGGUGUACAGCCCAAGGCUGAGGAGAAAAACCUGCCCUUUCUUGAAGAAGAAUCCCUGUUGCUCCACAGCCCUGUUAGUUUUCUACAUAAAAAAUAAAUGACUCAGAAGCACUUCUGUUACCCUUGAUCUAACAUUAUGAAUCAAAAUUUCCCCUUUUACUGUAGAUCCUGUGUGUGCCGUAAAAAGUGAAGAGGGAAUUUUUGCCAUCAUAAAUAUUGGGAGAAGUGAUAACUGUUGCAGAAUGUUGUAACACUUGGCAUUGUAUCUUUGUAGUGAUGGUAGUGGCUCUGUAGAAAUUUUAAUUUCUACUUUCUGUGUGGUUGUAGACUGAUGUUAUUUUUUGGCAACAAAAGAUUCAAAAAAUGUUUAACCUUAUAAAACAGGAUUUAGCUUUUGAAAUAAUAAUAAUUAACGUUAACUGGAUGACAUGAUGUCACCUACAUGAGAUAAGCAUAAGGAUCUUUUUCCUGAUUGUAAAUUAAUGUAAAAUGUUUCAGACUGUUACUCUUAAUAAUUGAGAAAUAAACCAGUUAACUUGUAGUUGCAUGAAAACCUCGAGUAAUAUUUUUAGUUGUCUUUGCUGUGCUAAAUAAUAGUUUUGUGACAAAAUUAAUGGUUGUGUAGCAAGUUAUCUCACAUCAGAUAGACUUUAUCCUGGGAACAUCUGCUUACCAUAGCGCUCUGUUCCAUGUAAUAUAUUAUUAACCUGCAUCUAUACCCCAAAAGAUACAAUUCUUCAUGUAGUUAGUGGUGCACACAUUUCUGGAUAGUAUAAUACCAGAAUUAUUCUGGUAUUAAUUCUAAUAAUUAGGCAAAAAGUGUCUUCUAUGAGAUGAGCUGGGGUCAAUUGGCCUGUUGUAACCAGCUGAAUGAAGACAGAAUAAACCACUUAAUGUAACUCCAAAGUAUUUUAUUACUUUGUAGAUUAAUCUGAUUUUUUCUAAAAAAAAAAAUUCCAAACCCCCUUGUUUAGAUGUAAAAAUAAUAAAUAAAAAAAAACCCCAAAACAAAAACAAGGUGAAAACCUGUGUUAAUACACAAGUUCCCAGAACAUUUUUAAGGUUACACCAUAGUUUCAUCAGAGCUUUUUAUUACGUCAACUGACUUCAUUUCUUAGAAUUAAAAAAUAGAAUUAAGUCAUAGGAAAUUAUAAAUUAGUUAACCCAUAAUCAUUUUUAAUACUAUUAAAAUUUUUUAUUUUGAAUUUUAAAUUUAUUGUUUUAUUACUGUUUUUCUGUGAUACUAUGUUGAGAUUAUUAGUUAAUCCAUCUUGAGUUAAUCAAUUAAUCAAACUUUUAUAAAAAUAAUCCCAAUAUCUUCUCCUUAAUUUAUUCAAUUGUUUGUUUGGUCCUUAGCUUCCUUUGAUCACAGUGACAAGGACUGAUUUGUAUUAAACUGAAUAUAGUCUUCCGAGUGAAUUUGGCACAGUUUUGGAAGAUAGAGGUCAUGGAAAAGUAUGAUGACUACAGGCUAAUCACAGCAGAAAACUGUUAUUCAAAUAUUCUUCCUAAUACUGCCACCUGCUAGGUUGCAGUGAUGGACACAUGAGCACUCAUCCAGGAUGGGGAACGUCAGUAUGAACUAUCUUGUGAACUCCCAGGACAGCAGGAGCGGAAAUUCUGGCUCGGACCUUUGGGUGCUUACAUAACACACAUAAGUAAUAGUGGAAUACAGAGAGCAAGACUUGAAGCUUACUUAGAUCCAAGGAAUCAGAAGUCUGAUGUGGGGAAGCAGGAAGGAAUGUGGUAUUAUGAUAAUCCUUGGGAACAGAAUGCAAGUAUUGGUCCGCAGCUAUUUCUAAAUUAAAUAAACAUAAAUGCAAAUGCAUUUUCUAUCAUGCAUAUAGAUGGCCUCCUGUAAAUACAAUAGAUGCUGAAUGUAAAACCUGUCACAACUAAAAUGUAUGGGUACUUUCUAUCUUCCCUUUUAAUGCUGCUCCAUUCAACUGCUCCUUGUGUUUGUGCAAGGAUGCUGCUGUAGGAGACAAACAAGUACUUCUUAAAGAACCUGAGCCAAAAUCAGGGCUGGUACAAGUAGGUUUGUUUUUUGGUGUCCCCGGAACCAACCUGCCCUACAACACAUCUUGCUACUGCCCAUUUUGAGCAAUUCUUCUGCUCAUACACAAAUUCUUACUCUCUGUUGUGGAGCUCUGCUGUCAGCAUAGAACACCCAUAAGCAGUGAUGCAAAUAUAGCACCUGUGGGGAAAACAGGAGGAGUUAGGGAGUAUUCAAGGGACAGAUUCCUCUCAAAAGGUAAAUUUGUCUAGUUUCUCUCCAAGUCAGUGCAAAUGAUGUAUGACUUUCUUCAUGUUGCUCUUUUAAACUACCUUAUUAAACCACUUGAAGUGUUAAAAAAAGAAAAGAAAAAAAUCUGUUUAAAUAUAUAUCUUAGUGCAGCUGUUGCUCUAUUUAAAACAAAUUUUGAAGAGUAAUAAAGUUUUUUGAAAGUCCAUGAAGUAAAGCCUGUUUAGUACACAAUGAAAAAAAAAGUCAGCAAAGGUUAGCUUGAAAUCUUUUUCCUUAUUGAACAUGUCUAUAAAUAUAGAAUUCAUUAGGGAAACUCCUUUACGCUGGCUAGCUGCUAAACUCUAUCUAAUGCAACUGAAGCCUGUUUUUUUCACUAGGAAGUUUAUUCAAUAGGCAAUGUAGACUUACAAACCUCGAUAUUAAUCGGAUGCCAUGAAAUUUCUUAUCUGUGGCUGUUCUGGGGAUCAGGAAAUAAAGGGGUUCAUAGUUUUAAGGACAGAAAAAAGUUGCAUUGGAACCUGAAAUAUUCUGAAGUGGUCAGGUAUGUUAAGUACACACAUAUGUGUGUGUGUCUGGAUAUAUAUGUGUAUUUGACAAUAAUGUAGCCAUGUGUGCAAUGGCUGUCAUGAAAGGAUAAUGCAAAAAAUAGAGUUCUUGAGCAGAAAAAACAACAACAACAACAACAAAAAAGCAGCAAGCUGGCCCAGGAUGUAAACCUGUGAGGAGUGGGAUGCUGGGCAGGGUGUGUGCAGCAAGCUCUGCAUGUAGGUGCCUGGUCAGGCACGGCGCUUGCUGGAGGCACUGCCUCUGGUUCCUUCUGUGCCUGCCCACGCCUCCCCUCACCCUUUUUGGGGGCAGGCACCUGCAGUGCAAUGAUGAGGGGCUUGCUUUCCGCAGCCCUCCUGAGCCUCCAAAUGACCUGCCCUGGCAGCGGGCUGCUGCCUUGGGGUGAGCCAGGGCCCUACAUGAGCACGGACAGGGCUGGGUGGCCUGGAAGGGCUCCCCAGGCACCCUGUGCUUGGUGCAGGGGGUGUGUAUACUGGCUGCAGGCAUACACAAACGUGUGCCCAGGUGAAGAUGAGACAAGGAAGUCUCCAGCCGGGAGCCUU